UUUUUUUUCCUCUUCCUUUUUUUCUCUGCUGCUCCGCCGGGUUAGAAGCAAAUCUCAGGGGCGGCGGAGAGAAUUCGCUUUUUCACCAUCGUCAUCGUCGCUAUCGUUAUUAUUAUUUUUUUUUUAAUUUUUUUAUUUUUUUUUUUAAAACCUUCCUCCUUUUCCCGUUUUGGAUCUUAACCCCUUUGAUCUGUUUCCUUUAAAAGACUCCCGAUUCCCAACUCCCAUCAGGGGGAGAGGGAGGAGAAAUCCAGCCAGUCGGUGCUCUCAGCUGUUCGCCAGGUUGGUGGUGGUGUUGGGGGGGGACGACACAAAAGUCCCUUUAAAAUAUUGAAUGUCAGUUGCAAACCUAAGAAGAGAAAAAUCCGAUCCGGAGCGCUAAAUUUAGGAGCUUUAUAUGGAACUUGGACUCCGCUGCUGGAUUUUGUAUGGAUUUUUUUCAACCUUUGGGAGGACAGACCCCGGCGUCCGCCCUUAGACCGCACUGAGCGACCCAAGAGGAGGAGGAGGAGGGUGGUGGGGGUGGUGGUGGUGGUGGUGUGUGGAAAACCGUUGCCAGAGGCUGCCCGGCAGAGAUGGCCGAGAAUUGGAAGAACUGCUUCGAAGAGGAGCUCAUCUGCCCCAUUUGCCUUCACGUCUUCGUGGAGCCGGUCCAGCUGCCCUGCAAGCACAACUUCUGCCGGGGCUGCAUCGGGGAGGCUUGGGCCAAGGAGUCGGGUUUGGUGCGCUGCCCGGAGUGCAACCAGGCCUACAACCAGAAGCCCAACCUGGAGAAGAACCUGAAGCUCACCAACAUCGUGGAGAAGUUCAACUCCCUCAACCUGGAGAAGCCCCCCACCGUCUUGCACUGCGUCUUUUGCCGCCGUGGCCCGCCGCUGCCCGCCCAGAAGAUCUGCCUGAGGUGCGAAGCCCCCUGUUGCCAGUCCCAUGUCCAGACCCAUCUCCAACAACCUUCCACCGCCCGGGGCCAUCUCUUGGUGGAAGCGGAGGACGUGAGGGCCUGGAGCUGCCCCCAGCACAACGCCUACCGCCUCUACCACUGCGAGGCCGAGCAGGUGGCCGUCUGCCAGUUCUGCUGCUACUACAGCGGGGCCCACCAGGGACACUCGGUCUGCGACGUGGAGAUCCGCCGCAAUGAGAUCAGGAAGAUGCUGAUGAAGCAGCAGGACCGCCUGGAGGAGCGGGAGCAAGACAUCGAAGAGCAGCUCUAUAAGCUGGAGUCGGACAAACGGCUGGUCGAGGAGAAGGUGAGCCAGCUGAAGGAUGAGGUGCGCCUGCAGUAUGAGAAGAUGCACCAGAUCUUGGAUGAGGACUUGCGGAAGACCAUGGAGAUCCUGGACAAGGCCCAGGCCAAGUUCUGCAAUGAGAACGCGGCCCAGGUCCUCCACCUCAACGAGCGCAUGCAGGAGGCCAAGAAGCUCCUCAGCUCUGUCCAGGUCAUGUUUGACAAAACCGAGGACAUCAACUUCAUGAAGAACACCAAGUCUGUGAAAAUCCUAAUGGACAGGACCCAGAACUGUACAGGUGGCAGCCUGCCCCCACCCAAAAUCGGCCACCUCAACUCCAAGCUCUUCCUGAACGAGAUCGCCAAGAAGGAGAAGCAGCUCAGGAAGUUGCUGGAAGGUCCUCUGAGCACCCCCGUCCCCUUCCUGCAGAGCAUCCCCAUGUACCCCUGCACCGUCAGCAACUCCGGCGCGGAGAAGCGCAAGCACUCCACCGCCUUCCCCGAGGGCAGCUUCCUCGAGCCAUCGUCCGGGACUGUGACGAGCCAGUACAUGAGCCAGGGCGCUUCGGCCGGCGAGGGGCAGUCCGCACAAGCCAUGGUGCCUUGUAGCUCCACGCAGCACAUAGUCGGACUUCCCAGCGGCCCGCAGCCCGUGCACUCGGGCUCGGUUUUCAACCCAUCUCACUACCCCAACACCACCUCAUCUCAGCAGUCCGUGCUCUCCCAGUACGGCGGGCGCAAAAUCCUGGUCUGCUCGGUGGAUAACUGUUACUGUUCCUCCGUCUCCAACCACAGCGGGCACCAGCCCUACCCGCGGUCGGGGCACUUCCCCUGGACGGUCUCCUCGCAGGAGUACUCCCACCCGCUGCCGCCCGCCCCCGCCGUCCCCCAGUCGCUCCCGGGACUUGCCGUGAGGGAAUGGAUUGACGCUUCCCAGCAGCACGGGCGGCAGGAUUUCUAUAGGGUCUACGGCCAGCCCUCGGCGAAACACUACGUCACCAGUUAACCGUCACCGCAGCGUCCCCUCCGACGGCGCCUUUGCAGAGAAAAGUCUGCUUUGCUUUGGCUUUUUUUUUGUGUUUUUUUUUUCCCCCUUUUUAAAUCAAACCCAACCUUGCGCCCCUCCAGGAUUUUGGGGAGGGUUGUUCUCUCAUCUCUCUCUCUCUCUUUUUUUUUGUUUUAAAUUCUUUUCAAACAAAAUAAUAUUUUUUUUUCUCCUAUUAAUUCCUUUUUUUUUUUUUUUAAUUUAAUUUUGGAAAGUCCUUCCUGCCCCUCGCUGGGAAAAAAAAAGACGAGGGAGAAAUUACCGAGAAGAAAUUGAUGGGGAUUUCAGUCGGGCGUCUGGGUCUGUGUGUCGUGCUCUUCCUGGUUCCUCUUUGCCUUUGGAAAACUCCAGAAGGGACACUGGCACCUUCUCUCCUUCCAUUUCUCCCAGUUCAUUUUCUUUUUUUUUUUUUUU